AUGGAACGUGGUUACUCAUUCAAUACCACUGCUGAGAGAGAAAUUGUCAGAGAUAUCAAGGAAAAGCUCUGUUAUAUUGCUUUGGACUUUGAACAAGAAAUGAAGAUUGCUGCUGAAUCAUCCUCCGUUGAAAAGUCUUAUGAAUUGCCAGACGGUAACGUGAUUACUGUUGGAAAUGAAAGAUUCAGAUGUCCAGAAGUUUUGUUCCAACCAAACUUCAUUGGUAUGGAAGCUGCUGGUGUCCAUGAAACUACUUUCAACUCGAUUGGAAAGUGUGAUAUUGAUAUCAGAAAGGAUUUGUAUGGUAACGUUGUCUUGUCUGGUGGUACUACCAUGUUUGAAGGUAUUGCUGAGAGAAUGACCAAGGAAUUGACCAACAUGGCUCCUGCUUCCAUGAAGAUUAAGGUUGUGGCUCCACCAGAAAGAAAGUACUCGGUCUGGAUUGGAGGUUCCAUCUUGGCUUCAUUGUCCACCUUCCAACAAAUGUGGAUCACCAAGGAAGAAUAUGAGGAUGCCGGUCCAGGUAUUGUCCACAGAAAGUGCUUCUAA